CUCCAUAAGAAAGUUUGAAUUUUCUACAUUAUAGUAUUUAAGUGUUCUUAGCCUUUGUUUUUUGCAUGCUUAUUCAAUUUCAUAGAUUGACUCAUGCUCGUAAAUUGGCCCACCAGCCCCCACUCCAUGCCUUUAAUCUCGCCCAGACCAAACCAUGUUCUCUUCGCCUCACACCGCACCUAUAUAUUCAAUGCAUACAAUCAUAAACAAACAGAUGUAUGCAUACUUGCUUACUUCCUUUCUUUUCCAUUCUCUGUUUGCUCCAAGUCAAUAAUAUAGUGUUGUUAGUUACUUUCAGUUAAACAUGACCAUAGAUGAUUCUUUCAAGAAACCUGGAGCUGUUCCUUUUAAGUGGGAGAUUCGGCCCGGCGUACCCAAGAUCCAGCACCACCAACAGCCUAAGCAACUAUCCCCACCCAAACUUCCAUCACCAUCGCCUCCUUUCAAUCUCCGCCGUCCAUCAGUAUCACCACUGCCUACUCCACAACCCCAACUGAAGCUUAAACCUCCACCAGCUGGAUUCAUUUUUCUCCCUCCACCGGAGCCCCGUACCCAUUCGUUUCGAUCCGCCCCACGCACCCGAUCCGAACGCUGGCGGUUCGAUCAACCUACCCGUGUUGGCCCCGAAUGUGUAUCGCCCGGGUGUUUCCCGUCAUCACCUCUAUUAAAGAGGAAAGGCAGCAAGAGAAGGACCAGCCAUGUCCAUAUUGAUAUACCCGGAUCCGAAUCUGAAGGUGAUUAUGUAUCUGAUCUCGAGACACUUGCCAGGUGGUCCUUGUCAAGCCGGAAGUCGUUUUCUCCUUUCAAUGAUUCAUCAGUGUCGUCUUAUUCAUCGUCCCAGUCAUCUCCCCGACCCGUGAGCGAUGCUGAAUGGGCAGGCUUUGGUCUUUUCUGAACGACAACUCUGUAUAGAUAUAUAACGCGAGUGUUGCAAUAUAUAAUUGCUUUUGAGUAUUGUAGACAAGUCUAUGCCACAAGUGUUGUCACCAUUUCUAUUUGAAAGAAGAAGAAAAAGACCAGGAUGACCCGUGGAUAGUUGUUGUCGCUGUAGAACAGUUACUACUGUAUUACGAGAUGUUGUUCUUGUUCUUGUUUUCAGUAUUGUGUUUUCCAGAGGAGGCGGAGGAAAUAUACAAAUACAAGCGGUUCUUAGGUUGAAAAGUACGGUUAGGCGUAAAUUAAGAGAUAUAACGUGAUAUGCUUAAUGUGGCUAUGCGAAUAACAUUGUAUAUUAUUUCCAAGAAAUGGCGAACGAACGAACAAAUAGGUUAGUUUCGA